AUGUCGAAAGAAACAGCGUCUAUGAGAGAAAUACAACACAACCGACAACUCAUUUUGCAAGCUCUAAAUAAGAACACAACAAACUUUUCAAACUAUUCUAAGAUAUCUGAGUCAUUGAAAGAAGGAAACUUAAAACUGACGAUAAACCCAAUGACAGAUGAGUUUCUGUUUCAAGACAGUAAGAACCAUACUGUUUGUAUAAAUCCAACAAAAAGAACUUUAAACGAGAAACCUAUAGAUGAACUUCUUUUGAAGGCAGAUAUUGACAACAAAGCUGACAAAGAGUAUGUCAUUGAAAAAGUUCAAGAAGAACAUGACAGAGCAGAUGCAACAUAUGCAACGAAAGAACAUACUCAUCCUGAACUAGCAGACAAAACAUAUGUUGACAAUAAAAUGUCAAGUGAAGUGACAAGAGCUGACAAAGAAUAUUCUAAAAAGACUCAUACACAUACCAUUGCAAAUAUUACAAACUUACAAGAAACCUUAAACAGGAAAAGUGACGUUGGACAUACACAUUCUAUAUCUGAAAUAACAGACUUAAACGUUAGCCUUGAAAAGAAAGCUGACAAAACAUAUGUCAACAGUGAAUUAGAGGAGAAAGUAGAUAAGGGACUUAUGGCUAGUGGGUUAGUGAAGAAGGCAGAUAAGGAAUAUGUGGAUGAAAAAGACAAUGAAAUUAUAAAAAGGGUUGAAUGGUACCAUGAACGGACAUCGAAGAUUUUAGAAGGUAAAGCCAAUACAGGGUGGGUUUCAGGAUGUUUAGACCUUAAAGCCGACAAAGAAACUGUAGAUAUGUUGACACAAACGGUUUCAAGUCAUACCAGAGGUUUAAUGGAAGAUGGACAACAGUUGAAAGAGCUUGAGAAAGGUGUUACAGA